GGGUGAUGCAACGCGCUCCCAACCACAGUCGCACACAGCGAGGCGCGCACUGCCCAGCGCUCUUCCCGCGCCGCCGCUCCAGCGGACCCGCCAGCCCGCGCGCCGGCUGUGCGCCCUCUGUGCUCGCCCGCCGGCCCCACAGACAAACAGCCCGACCCCACCCCGACCCAGCCCGCCCGCCCUCCGGACCCUGGGCGCCCCGAGUGGAGCCAGGAGCAAAAUGAUGCUUCAACACCCAGGCCAGGUCUCUGCCUCGGAAGUCAGUGCCUCUGCCAUCGUCCCCUGCCUGUCCCCUCCUGGGUCACUGGUGUUUGAGGAUUUUGCUAACCUGACACCCUUUGUCAAGGAAGAGCUGAGGUUCGCCAUCCAGAGCAAGCACCUCUGCCACCGGAUGUCCUCGGCGCUGGAGUCAGUCACCAUCAGCGGCAGACCCCUUGAGAUGUCGGUCACCAAAGCCGAGGUAGCCCCUGAAGAAGAUGAAAGGAAAAAGAGGCGACGGGAAAGAAAUAAGAUUGCAGCUGCCAAGUGCCGAAACAAGAAGAAGGAGAAGACAGAGUGCCUGCAGAAAGAGUCAGAGAAGCUGGAGAGCGUGAAUGCCGAACUGAAGGCCCAAAUUGAGGAGCUCAAGAAUGAGAAGCAGCAUUUGAUAUACAUGCUCAACCUGCACCGGCCCACAUGCAUUGUCCGGGCUCAGAACGGGAGGACUCCAGAAGAUGAGAGAAACCUUUUUAUCCAACAGAUAAAAGAGGGAACACUGCAGAGCUAAGCAGCCGUGGUAUGGGGCAACUGCGGAGUCCUCAUCGAAUCCUCCUUUUACAUCCGAAACCCUGAAGCCAUUGGAGAUCUGACUUCCUGUGCACCUCUUGAAUCCCAGCAGCAAAGAACCAUCAAGGCGGGAGGGCCCUCGGUGACUCAGCCGGGCCUUUCCACUCUACCCCAGAGUGGACUUUGGACCAGGGCAACAAGGGCAUCUUUUUCCUCAACUCCAGAAUUUAGGCCUUAACAUCUUGGCCAUCCUUGGAUUCUCCAGAUGGCCCCUGGUUAGGGUCCUGCCUGCCUUUCAUCUGGAUUCUGCAAAAACCAGGCCUCCCACCAUUAGGAUUCAUGCAGAAGAAGCAUCUGUACCUCGGGUGGGUGGGGUGGGGCCACCUCCUCUGCUGCCGCUGCCACUGUCACUUGUAGGGGACGUGGAGUGAGAAUGGCAUUUUGUGAAGUUGUGCGAUGGCCAGGGUUGUGCUUUCUAGCAAAUAUGCUGUUCUGUACAGGAAUUACCGUGUGCAAGGCGUUCGUUUCAAAACUAGGCGUUGUGCUCUUCUGAUGUUUGCGCAGUACACCACCACUGUGACUUUCUCGUGACUUUCCUCAGAUCUGGUUUCUGAGAAUUUGGGGGGGCUAUCAGCACGUGCAGUGUCUUGCAAAGUAUUCAGGUGGCCAGAGGAGCUUGUCAGCCCCGGGAGAACAGAAUUGUGCCAGCCUGGACUGAGUGCAGUUUUGUGCCAACAGAGAAGGCCUCUCCCCCUUGGCACCCAAGCAUUAACGCAGGUCCUCUGUUGCAAACUCAGUUAUAAUGUCAUAGGAAGAAAGCAGAAACAGAGUCCAGCUUCCAAAGGGUUAGGAUUCUCUGCUCAGUGACUUAGGUCAGGAAUUUUUUCUAGGCCGGAAGAGCCAAAGAAUAUUCCAUUUUCCUUUUCUUGCGGUUGAAAACCACAAUCAGCGGAGAUGCGUUUGAAGCCAGGUGAUGCCUAGGCUUUAGCAUUAUUAGAUGUUAACGGCAUUGUUUCUGUCAUGCAGAUGUUUGUAGAAAUCGGGCCCAGAGCAUUUAUAGCUGUGAGACAGUCACUCACACUGGCCAUGAGGACUCUGGCUACUGUCUGUUUAAAUUCUGACGUUUCUGUGAAAUCCUCAGAGUGUUUAAUCCUACUCAGUAGUAUCAUUACAAUUUUCUGUAAAAGAAGAUAUUACUUAUUUAUCCUAGUAUUCCUAACCUGUCAAUAUAAUAAAUAUUGGAACCAAGACAUGGUGAACUUAAGUGCUGUGCUGGUUUGUGUUCUUUUAAAUUGGUUGUUUGUUGAGAUCUAACCAUUCCCCUCCCCUCUCCUUUGGAGACGGUGGUGUAGGGGGUGGUCUCGAGCUUUAAAUAUUCUUCAGGUGUUGUUCUUUGUUCUCUGGGGUGCCACUAGGUGGGAUUUUUGACUUUCAAUCCUGUUCCUCAGUCUGUGGUUUCUGACGCUCAAUUUCUCAUUGACAAACCCUAGGGCACAGCAGCAAGCAUAUCUUUUAGAUUGUUUGGUAUUAAGAUAGAAUUUUGGGGGCUUCCCUGGUGGCGCAGUGGUUAAGAAUCCGCCUGCCAACGCAGGGGACACGGGUUCAAUCCCUGGUCCAGGAAGACCCCACAUGCCACGGAACAACUAAGCCUGUGCGCCACAACUACUGAGCCUGCGCUCUAGAGCCUGAGAGCCACAACUACUGAAGCCCAUGUGCCUAGAGCCCGUGCUCCACAACAAGAGAAGCCACCGCAAUGAGAAGCCCGCGCACCACAAUGAAGAGUAGCCCCCGCUCGCCGCAACUAGAGAAAGCCUGUGCAGAGCAACAAAGACCCAACACAGCCAAAAAAAAAUAAAAUACAUUUAUUAAAAAAAGAUAGAAUUUUGAUAUAAAAUCUGAAUACCUCAACUACCAGUUUCUCUGAAUAUACAAAAGCCUAAAAUGUACACCUGUUGCUCAACUUGAACCUUACAAUGUCACAGAACUCCUCGUGUUCACUUGAAUUACAUCUCUUAUAACAUCCAAGUUUGUGUCUCAUUGUUGCAAAUAGGUAUUUCAAAUUUGGAAAAGAAUGGCAGUGAGGAUGGGGAGGAAGAGAGAGUAUAACUUUAGACGGGAUAGGUGUGAUAAUUCAAAGAAAAUAGUCCACCUAAUUUUCUGGAAUCUCCAGAGCAUAUGAUUCCUUAGGUCUAGAACAGAACCAGGGUCCCUUGCUCUUUCCCUGUGCACAUAUGUAACACUCACAGGCUGGGAAUAAAAUUUGGCUACUCUGCCACCAAUGCCAUUUUUCAGAGAGAUCCUUGCUUCCUUGAAUGUUCAUGCACAUGAAGCAUGCCUGCUCCUUUGAACUCAUGUAUAGUUCCUUUAAACUGUCACCUGUGACACAGGCAUCCUAAUUUUGCUGCUUUAACUACAUAUCAGGGGCAGUUCCUAAUCUGCACAGAGCAUCUGGGGGAAGUACCAUUUACCACUUCUUUCAGGAGAUAAUCUAUUUUCCUUGUCUUAGUGGAGGGGGAUGAAUUUCCUGGCAUUUACCUUCUGGAUGAGCCACCAAUCAGCUGUUAUGAAACUUAAGACAGUUUUAAAGCUGCCAUGGACAACAACGAAUUAGAGAGGAAGGAAGGGGGAAGUGGCAAUGGCAAGAAAAACUGAUCUGGGAAACGCAUGUAAAUCAUCAGUGGAACUGUAAGUUCUCUUAACAAAUGCAUUAAAAAUAGUUUUGUUUUCUGUAA